AUGUUCUCCAGGGCAGUUGCAUCGGCUUUCCGCCCCGUCGCGCGGCCAACCUUCUUGCGCCCCGUCCGUUCCGCGCUUCAGUUCCCUACGGGCCCCUCCAUCCCCUCUGCUCUCCAUGCCCGUCUGAUCUCUGACGAGACUCGCACCGCCAUCGAUAAGGCUGUUUCUUCCGCCCCCGUGGUCCUGUUCAUGAAGGGUACCCCCGAGACACCGCAGUGCGGAUUCUCGCGCGCCAGCAUUCAGAUCCUCGGCCUGCAGGGUGUUGACCCCAAGAAGUUCGUUGCUUUCAACGUUCUCGAGGACGCAGAGCUGCGCUCAGGUGUGAAGGAGUACUCCGAAUGGCCCACCAUUCCUCAGCUCUACCUCGAGAAGGAGUUCAUUGGUGGCUGUGAUAUCCUGAUGUCCAUGCACCAGAAUGGUGAGCUUGCUAAGCUCCUUGAGACCAAGGGUGUCCUCGUUGCGGCCGACGAAUAA